CCUUACCGCUCGCGGGUUGCUGUUUGAUGCGCGCGUGGAGCAUACAUAGCUAGGGCUGAGUUUCCCGGGAAGGGUCGGCCCGCGCGGUCCCCCGUGCGGGGGCUGGGGGCGGCCUGAGCUGCCAGGGGUCGCGUGCUCCCGGGAUUCAGAGCUGCAGCUCUCGGAUGUACCGCGCUCCACAGGUGCCCAAACGUCCCCGCAAAGGAGUCCAGGCCUGGACUGGGGGGAGGGGGCGCUGUGGGUGGCCGCCGACGUCAGCCAACCAAGAUGCUCAGCUUUAUAGGUGGGACUUAAACUUGUGACUUCAUCCUUUGGAGCCUCAGUUUUGUCAUCUGUAGAAUGGACAUAGUGGAAGCUACCUCACAGGACUGCUGAGAAGAUUAAAUGAGAAUACUUGUAGAGAUCUUUGCAGGAGGGAGACCUGGAAGCAGCGGCUGGCAGGCAGAGCACACCUGCUGUCACCCAGUACCAUGAACAGCGUGAAGACCCCGGUGGAGCUGGCCGUGAGUGGGAUGCAGACCCUCCACGUUCAGCACCGCUGCCGGGGCAGCUGCCGGGUCAAGGUUAGGCCGUCAUAUGUGGAUGAGACUUUGUUUGGCAGUCCUGCAGGCACCCAGCCCACACCACCAGCCUUUGACCCACCGUGGAUGGGGAAGGCCAACAGAACCAGAGGAGUGGGUACAGGGGCAUCACAGGCCUCAGGGGCCAACGGGAGCUGUGAGACUACCUCCUCCAGGGACAAGACCCUGACCCUCGCACCAAGGAAGAAGAACAAAUACAGACUGAUUGGCCACACUCCUUCUUACUGCGAUGAGUCGCUCUUUGGCUCCCGACCUGAGGGCGCCGGCUGGGAGGCCUCGUGGAUGGCGAAGGGGGAUGCUGCAAAGCUCCAUGCCCUCUUCUGGACACCCCCAGCUACCCCUAGGGGCAGCCACUCACCCCGCCCCAGGGAGACUCCAGUGCGAGCCAUUCACCCAGCUAGUCCCUCAAAGACAGAGCGCCGGGUGGUGGCAGAUUCCCGGAGGUUGUCCGUGGACGGGUUAGACUCUCCACGCCCUCCGAGGCGGGAGCGUUCUUAUUCCCUCACCCACCUUAAUGUCCCCAGCACGAGUCACCCACCCACCAGUACCCCCUGCACAAAUGGGCCUCGAGAUCCCAGAUCUUCCCCGUCAGGAGUGACCUUCCGGAGCCCCCUGGUGACUCCCAGGGCUCAUUCAGUCAGUGUUUCAGUGCCAGUUACCCCCCGACGAGGCGGAGCCAUCCAGAAACCAAAGCCACCUUGGAAAUGAAUUUCUUGGUCCUUUCUGCAGGUUUGCCCAUGGGGUCACAGCAAAGGGCAGAGUUUCAGAGGAUGGCACUGGUGGGCGGGACUUUGGGGAGACCACCAGGCAUUGGCAAAGCACUCCUGGGGGCAGACAGAGAGAGGGUGGGCAGUGCCGCCCUUUCUUCUGACAACCUCUGGUUGCUCCCUGCUUUUGCCGCUGGUGUGGAUAUGAGGGCCGCCUCUGGAGAUCCCUGUUUCAAGUUCUGUCAUAGCCACACGGCAUAUCAGUGCCAACCCAGGGGUGUCCCCCGGGAGGGUCCCCCCACUCCCUCCAUCACACCCACAACAUUGUCUCGCCACCAAGUGUGAAUAAAUGGUAUGAUCGCCAACCCGGAGGGUUCCUUCUCCCUCCCUUCAAGCCAAGCUUCUGCUCAGGAUGAGUUUCCAGCUGAGUCUGGACGCCUCAGGAAUUUUCCCAGGCACAGUAUGUGGACCAGCAGGGAACACAAGGUGAUAUGUGGGUGGACAUUUAAAAUUUUAAUAGUCAUGUAUUUAUUUUCAUGUAUUAAAUAUAUCAGCUCAUCGAA